CUGCAAAUAAAUACAAACCUGAACCCAUUCGAGCAAAGCAAGAAACCAUUAAGCAUGGAAGACUCACUCCAUUACUGCUUCCUCUCCCUUGUCUUCCUCAUUUUUGCUUUUAAAUUUUACCAGUCAAAAAUAUCCCACAAAAACCUCCCUCCAAGUCCACCUUCUCUUCCAAUAAUCGGCCACCUCCGUCUCCUAAAACCACCGGCUCCUAUGCACCGUACUCUCCACCAUCUAUCUAAAAAAUACGGCCCAAUCAUAUUCCUCAGGUUCGGUAGCCGCCCGGUAGUUGUAGUCUCAUCAACAUCCGCCGUCGAAGAAUGCUUCACCAAAAAUGAUAUCGUUUUGGCCAAUCGUCCAAAUUUUUUUCUAAUAGGGAAGCAUAUAUCUUAUAACAACUCCACUAUUGGGCAGUCGCCUUACGGUGACCAUUGGCGCAACCUCCGGCGUAUUGGAACUAUCGAGAUUUUUUCAACGCAUCGUCUAAACGCGUUUCUAAGCAUUCGAAAAGAAGAAAUCAAACGACUAGCCGUAAAGCUGUCUCAUGAGUCGAUUCAAGAUUAUGCUAAAGUAGAACUGAAAUCAAAGUUCAAAGAGCUAACUUUUAAUGUAAUAAUGAGAAUGAUUGCAGGGAAGAGAUAUUAUGGAGAAGAUGUUACUGAUAAGGAAGAAGGAAAACGAUUUAGGAAGAUAAUUGGUGAGAUAAUGUCUACCGGAGGUGUAUCAAAUCCGGGAGAUUUUCUGCCAGUUCUUAAUUGGAUUGAUGGUGGUAAAUUUGAGAAGAAAGUGAUAAGACUUGGAAAAGAGGUUGAUAAGUUCUUGCAAGAUUUAAUUGAUGAACAUAGGAGUAAGAAGAAGAAUUUAGAGAGUAUGAACACGAUGAUUGAUCAUCUUCUUACUUCUCAAGAAUCAGAACCUGAGUAUUAUACUGAUGAAAUUAUCAAAGGCCUUCUGUUGAACAUGAUUUUUGCAGGAACUGACACAUCAGCAGUGACAUUAGAAUGGGCGAUGUCUAAUCUACUCAACCAUCCAAGCAUACUAAACAAGGCAAGAGAUGAAAUAGAAACUCAAAUUGGGGAAGAUUGCUUAUUGGAUGAGUCUGAUUUUUCCAAAUUACCAUACCUUAAAAACAUCAUAUCUGAAUCUCUUCGACUGUACCCAGCAGCUCCUCUUUUAGCUCCUCACAUGUCCUCAGAUGAUUGCACAAUUGGAGGGUACAACGUGCCGCGUGGCACCAUGCUGUUGGUCAAUGCAUGGGCUAUACAUAGAGAUCCUACGUUAUGGGAUGAUCCAUUAAGUUUUAAACCAGAGAGAUUUGAUAAUGGAGAAGGAGAGAGUUUUAAGCUAAUGCCAUUUGGAUUAGGGAGAAGGUCUUGUCCGGGAGCAGGACUAGCCAAUCGUGUGGUGGGUUUAGCUUUGGGGACACUGAUUCAAUGCUUUGAGUGGAAAAGGGUAACUGAGGAAGAGGUAGACAUGGUAGAAGGCAGAGGGCUUACUAUGCCUAUAGCUGAACCACUCGAGGCCAUGUGCAAGGCACGCCCGAUUAUGAAACAGACAUUGUCUCAGCCUGUUUGAUGUAAGGCAACAAAGAAAAAUCAGUAAAUUUUAGUUGAAUAAUGCUAUAUUGUUGUUAAGUUUAUAAGCUCAAAAUAUAGUUAUAGUCUAAUUAAAUAUACAAAAUAAACCGUGGAAAAUUUUGGUUUUUAAAUUUUUACUUUCAAUGUUUGAGUUGUUCAA